GGGGCGGGAAGGCGGGAAGGCCGGGCGUGUCUGUGGCUGGGACUCCCCUGUCCAAGGGCGCGCUCCCCGCCUUGAGCCCCGCCCGAGAGCGAGGGGCCGGCUCAGGAAGUCGCGUCUGACAUCGGGUGGGGGCAGCCCUAGGGGAAAGAGCCCGGCAGGCGGGGCGCAGGGCACCCAGGGGGCGCAGGCGGCAGGUAGGCUGGGCUCAGCCACUGACCAUUCCCCCACGCUGCCAGGCUCCCCCGGGGAAGGUGGCUCGGGACCCCAGAACCCGACCGCGGUCUCAUGGCAGCUCCCGGAGACACCACGCCUCCUGCAGGAAGCCCUCCCGUACUCUGAGAGGUGCUCCCUGUGGCAUAUCCAAACCCACAAUUUGAAGAGGAAUAAGUGACAAGCCAACAAGGCUGUGUCCUCAUGAGCCCAGGACUUGCAAAUGAGCUGAGAUCAUCCUCUAGCCAUAACCUGGCUGCCAACAUGGAGAAGGCCAGCACCUUCUUCAGCUUCAUAUGGGAUGUCAUUAUGACCAAACACCAAGAGGGCCUCUACAACACCAUCUGCCUGGGUGUCAUCUUGACACUGCCCCUCUUGGUGACCAUUACACUCAUCUUCAUUUGCUGCCACUGCUGCUGGCACCGGCCAGGGAAAGGCAGCCAUCAGCCAGAAAGAAAUCAGCGCAUGAAGAAAAAGAAAAAGGCUGAAGAUGACCUCUGGAUCUCUGCUCAGCCCAAGCUUCUCCAGAUGGAGAAGAUGUCCUCCCUGCCUGUCUAGUUAAUCAGAGGGGUAGCCCCUGGAAGGACAAGGCCACCUUCCAGUGGCAUCCAGGGCAGGGAACAGAGACCUGGAAGUGAGACACUCAUGUCUGCAGAGCAGCUGCUCAGCCAAGGAACAAGCCUCAGACUGGGGCCCUCAUGAAAGGCUCUCCAGGAGCACAGAGGCAUUUCCAGGGUGCACUCUGGGCAUCUCUGUGUUUCAAAGCAGUGCCCUUUCCUAGACUCAAGGUUCCCUUCCACCUCUCUCUGCAAAAUCACCAACAUCAUGUUCUCUCUUCCAGAUGUGCACACACAUCCAUAUAGGCACUUGGGGCCUGUACAAGUUUAUAUUCUGUUCAUCAUUUGAGCUGAAUCUGUGUCUGUCUGCUUUGUGUCAGCCUUGUGUGGAGAAGUGCAUUAUCUAUUAAAGAUGUCUCAGGGGAAGGCUCAGGCAGAUUCAGGAACAUUUGCACAAUGGUGAACUAGUGUCACUAGGCAGUGUUCCUCCAUGCUAUGUUUUAUACCACUCAGGUUAGAGCUGUCUGUGUCUUCCUGUGCCCGUCCCCACCUAACCUUUUCUGGAAAUCCUCCUCUUGGGAGAUCACAGAAGCCUGGUACUGUCCUCGUCUUCCUCAUCUCUCAAUGUCGGUACAGACACAGUGCAUUCCUACACUUCUGACCUCUGGCCCAGAAGGAAAAGUGGAAACUAUGAUGAAGCAAAAGUCAUCAAAAGCUAUUGUCUUAUAGCUCAUGACCUGGUCCCUAUUAGACAGAAACCUCAUGUGGUCCAAGAGUACUGUCUCUGAUACAAUACACCCAGAGCCGCUGGGCUAGAGCCCUUCAUCAAGGAAGAAUAACUUUUAGAGAUUACAGGAAAACUAGGAGCCAGGGCUGCUCCCUUCCCACACAGUGCACCACAACUGUGUAGACCUGUGGAAUGUACAUGUUACAAUAUCACUCCAAAACAGUGAAUUUUUGUGAAAGCAAGUUUUCGGUGAGAAAGGACUUAACUACCAGUACAGUCUUCCGAAGGUACACUGGAAAGAUUUAACAGCAGAUACAUGGUCUGUUAUAUCAAGGAUGCAGAAGUUACUGAGUCUAAAUGAAAGUUAGACCAAACUGUACACAAAUUUAUUACUAUCUUGAAGUUCAGGCAGGUGCUUUGCAUGCAGUUGACACUCAGAACUACCCAGAAAGCUCUUGUCAUGUGAGGCUGUAAGGGUAGCCUUGAAAUACCUCACCACCACCCCCAGAGACCUUCUCUCCCAAGGGUCCUCCCAGGGGUGAGGGCCAGGUGUUGAUUCCCUGGAAAGUGUAGGCAAUGCCAGGGUUGGUUGGUGUAUAUUCCAUGAUGUCCAUGAGCCCGCAGUGAGUAGAGGAGAGAUCUCCCCACUGGGAUGAGAUUGGAAGGCAGAGUUAACCCGCUUUCAUGCUGCAUGUAUUGGUAUUCUGAUUGUACUUGUGACAAUGUCACAAAGGUGAGUCAUUCCCAACUCAGGAGCAGGUUGUUCUCCGUAUGUUCUUUUGUGAGUCAGUUGGUUACCUCUCCUGAAGCAAUUCUCCCUGGAAGCUGCUCUCAAUGGUGGUGAGACGGUGACUUACUCAGGAAUGCAGCUUAACUACGAUAGAGUAGCAUGACUAAAGUUCUCUAUGACUCUGUUCUGAGGACAGUGCUAAGUUUGUCCACCAGGAAGACUGCAGGUCCAGAGAGAGGGUAACUGCUGCUUCAGGGGCUUCUGACAGAAGAUUCUGAGUCAUCUUCAGGCCUGCAGAGAUUUAGAACCUCUACAUUCCCUGAAGACUAAUGUGCCCUGCUCACAAACUCCUUCAGGCAGAGAAAGACAUGCCUUUGAUUCUCUGUUCCCACAGAGAGCGCCGGGCUCACAUAGCAGGAGGGCAAGUAUUCCUCACACCAAAUGCACAACCCUCACUACUGCCCAACAGUCACCCCUCCCCCAACCUCACCUCCUAUACUUAUAAAUGACUUAGAGGGAGAAGUGGGGACUGACGGCUGAAAUAAGAGUGUCAGAUAUGAUCUGAAAGAGCCGAUCACUAGGAUGGGGGAAAGCACCAGUGACAUGGUUGCUGUGGCAACUGGCUGCUAACCCAUAUGAAGACAGCAGCCAACUGUCAUAGCUAUGACCAGACCUCGGGCUUUGGGGCAGUGCCCAACUGGCUGCUGUUCCAAAAGACUCACUCUACCUCCAGGCAUAGAAUACCCAGAAAUACUGAGUUGUUGCAUGGCCUGGGACCCAACCCUGAGUAGGAUCACUCUCAACACCCCUGCCUCCCCUAACAAGCUUCCUCCAAGGACUUAGGCAAGGACCCCAGAUGGGAAGUAGCCCCUCAGGGCUAGUUCCUGUGCACCAGCACCUGAGGCAAUUUGGAAGCCCUGCCUUGAAUUUCCACCCCAUUCUCUUUCUCUCCAGACUUUUCUCCCUGUCCCCAUCCUUCUGACACUCUAAAACUGCCACUGGCAAGUAGAAACCUUGGGACUGGAGCCUGCUGGGCCCAUCCUGAGGAGCCUAAGCUAAAAGAGGCCAAAAUAAUUGUAAAGAGAGGUUUUUAAAGGAGCACUGGCUUGGGAGAGACCUGUGUGUGUGAACAGACACCACAGUCAGGAGUUCUACUGUUCAAUGGAUUGACUUUCUUAUUCCAUAGGGGGGGAAAAGAGAUUUAUGGAAAGAGAAAUCACCUUUUUAAGAAGAUAAAAAGUCAAGAGUUGUAUAGUAUUUGUCAGUAUUUUUUUCCUGUAAAAUUCAAACACCUAUUUAAAUAAAUGCUUUGAAAGUAA